UGCUUCCCGUCCGUGAAAGCCGUGGUUUUUGAGCAAGCUCACGCAAGGCAAAGGCAAAGGCAAAGGCAAAGGCAAAGGCAAAGGCAUGCGCUCGUUGGACUCGCUGCUCCAGAGGUGCACCUCCCUCUCCCGCAUCAAGCAGCUCCAAGCCCAUCUCUUGGUCACCGGCCAGUUCCAGUCCACCACCGCCCGCACGAGGCUCGUCGAGCUCUGCGCCAUUUCGCCCUCCGGCGACCUCUCCUUCGCCACCCGCGUCUUCCGCCUCAUCCGCCUCCCCUCCACGAACGACUUCAACGCCGUCCUCCGGGGCAUCGCCCUGAGCCCCGAACCUGCCGAGGCCGUCCCUUGGUACCGCUCCAUGCUGCGCGGCUCGCGCAGGGUCGACGCGCUCUCCUGCUCCUUCGCGUUGAAGGCCUGCGCGCGCGCUCUCGCCGUCCCCGAGGCGCUUCAGCUGCAUUCCCAGGUGGUGCGUUUCGGGUUUUGCGCGGACGUGCUGCUGCGGACGACGCUGCUCGAUGUGUACGCCAAGGGCGGCCAUCUUGAUUCUGCGGAGAAGGUGUUCGAUGAAAUGCCCGUGAGAGAUAUUGCCGCAUGGAACGCGUUGAUUUCCGGGCUGGCUCAGGGCCACCGACCCACUGAGGCUAUAUCUUUGUAUAAGAGGAUGAAAGAGGAAGGCUUGAAGCCUAAUGAAGUGACGGUCAUCGGUGCUCUUUCCGCGUGCUCGCAGCUGGGAGCCACGCGAGAAGGCGGAAGGGUUCAUGACUAUAUAAGGGAGGAGAAGCUUGAUCAGAACGUCCAAGUUUGCAACGUUGUUAUUGACAUGUAUGCCAAAUGUGGGUUUGUCGAUAAAGCUUAUGAGGUUUUUGAUGGUAUGAGGUCCAGGAAGGGUCUUGUCACAUGGAAUACCAUGAUCAUGGCAUUUGCGAUGCAGGGUGAUGGAUAUAAAGCCAUUGAGCUUUUCAAGCAGAUGGGUCAAGCUGGGGUUGAACCCGAUGCGGUAUCAUUCCUUGCUGCUUUAUGUGCGUGCAACCAUGCGGGAUUGGUGGAAGAGGGGGUUAGGUUGUUUGAUUCAAUGAAGGAAUGUGGAGUAGUUCCAAAUGUGAAGCAUUACGGUACAGUCGUUGAUUUGUUGGGCCGAGCUGGACGAAUUAGAAAUGCAUAUGAUAUUAUAACAUCUAUGCCGAUGAUGCCAGAUGUGGUAUUCUGGCAGAGUUUGCUUGGUGCUUGCAAAACUUAUGGAAAUGUGGAGAUGGCGGAGAUUGCCUCACGGCACCUUCUAGAAAUGGGGUCCAACGGUUGUGGUGACUUUGUGCUAUUGUCCAAUAUCUAUGCAGCUCGUGCAAGGUGGGAUGAUGUUGGUAGGGUGAGAGAAGCUAUGAAAAGUAGGGACAUAAAAAAGGUGCCUGGUUUUAGCUAUAUUGAAGUGGAUGGUAAGAUACACAAGUUCAACAAUGGAGACCAAGGCCAUGAAAAUUGGCAAGAGAUAUAUAGGAAGCUAGAGGAGAUUAGGUUCAAGAUUACAGAUCAUGGAUAUGUGGCGGGGACUGAUUUUGUGUUGCAUGACAUUGGUGAUGAGGAGAAAGAGAUUGCCAUAUGUUAUCAUAGUGAAAAACUGGCUGUUGCUUUUGGUUUAAUUAGUACAGCUGAGGGGACCCCUCUUCAAGUUAUAAAGAACCUAAGAAUAUGUGGGGAUUGUCAUACUGUGAUAAAGCUUAUCUCGAAGAUAUACAAUAGGGAAAUCAUUGUGCGAGAUCGUUCCAGAUUUCACAGAUUCACAGAGGGAUCUUGUUCUUGCAGAGACUACUGGUGAAACUGAUUUGCAGGAGUAGUCAAACUUGAAUUCGUAUUACACAGUUAAUUGCCACAGCAUCCGGUGAAAGAUUGAGGGAACAGGCUAUGUUUCAUGAAUUUCCAAUCCAAGCUCGAGUUUCAGCAAUUAUACGGGAUUCAACCUGGUAUUGGCCUUGUCAUGCAAUGGCUGACUUCUAGUGGACAUUCAAGCUGCAAUUUGUGGCGCCUUAUUCCCAUCACAUUAAAGCUCAUCUGGAAGUCGUCCAAGAAUGGUCUAUUUUCAGUUGCUCGUGUUUGGACUUCUUUGCAAUCAAAGUCAUGAAAGGUAUCAUGGCACAAAACUCAUUUGGUUUCUGACUUCUAUUCCAGAACAUUGUUUUGUUUCUUGGAUGGCUAUAUUCAACAGAUUGCCUACUAAGGACAGAUUGGCUUGAUGGGGGCAUCUCCGUCUCUCGGUCAUGAUACUUUCUCCUGGUAUCGAUGAAUCGAGAGACCAUUUGUCCUUUGACUGUUCAGUUUCCCGGGAGAUAUGGGGCAGGCUUCUACAACCGAGCAGAAUUUCAUGUGAGAUCGGAAACUGGAGCGACUAGCUUUCUCGUGCUAGUCAACAUCUUCAAAGGGAAGUCCUUAGAAUGUUUGAUUUUGAAGAUUGCUUGCAAUUCAUGAAUUUAUAACAUUUGGAGGGCUAGAAAUUUGGCUUUGCAUUAGAGCAAGUUUUGUUGGCUGAUUCCAUUUAUAAGAUGGUUGUCGUGGAUGUUAGACAUUUCACUGGCUAAAGUCCCUUCCCAAAGCUCUGCCAAACGCAGCAUAUUUAGAGUUUACUUGGCCAUUAGAGCAACAAAAAUCCCCUUUCGAAAUUGAUUUGUCGUGACUGAGGAAUUUUCUAGGGGUAUGGGUUGACUGCCCAUAUUCGGUAGCAGGAGUGGCUACCCUGCUUUAUAGUUUUUGUGCAAAGAAAUGUACUCGAUCAUUCAAAAAGAAAGAUGUUGAUUACUU